CAAAUAUCGACUUCCAGUUAUUUUCCCCGUUUUGUAACACGUGAGAAGUGCUUUCUAUGCAUUUAUCACACUGCAAAGUGACAGCUACAUCAACACUGACAGCUGUUUUAAAGUAUUUUACGUGAAUCUCACUAGGUUAUCAUGGCAACAGUUUUAGUACUAGGAGGGGGAGGCAGAGAACAUGCAUUGUUAUGGAAACUUACGCAAUCUGCAAAUGUCCGACAUGUUUAUGUGUCCCCCGGGAAUGCUGGAACAGAAAGCAGUCCCAAAACUAGCAAUGUGGUUCUCAAUCUGAAGAAGUUUGAGGAAGUGGUGGACUUUUGUAAGAGAGAGUCUGUGGCGCUGGUUGUGGUCGGUCCAGAGGACCCUCUGGCCGCCGGCAUAGCUGACCACCUAAACAGUCAAGGAAUCCCCUGUUUUGGCCCCAGUGCUAAGGCUGCCCAGAUAGAGGCUAGUAAGGAGUUCUCUAAAGAGUUCAUGUCCAGACAUAACAUUCCUACGGCCAGAUUCCGCAGCUUUCGUGACCCCAGUGAAGCGUGUCAACACAUCAACAAUGCCGACUACCCUGCCCUAGUGGUGAAGGCCAGUGGGCUGGCAGCAGGGAAGGGUGUGGUUGUGGCCCAGUCAAGGGAGGAGGCCUGCCAAGCCGCUAGGGACAUGCUUAAUAAUAAGCUGUUUGGUGCCGCAGGGGAGACAAUUGUAGUGGAGGAGCUCCUGACAGGUGAUGAAGUGUCGUGCCUGGCUUUCUCUGAUGGAACCACUGUAGCCAUGAUGCCCCCAGCUCAGGACCACAAACAGCUGAACAAUGGAGACAGUGGACCCAACACUGGGGGGAUGGGAGCCAUCUGCCCUUAUCCAAUGAUAUCAGAAACAGACUUGGAUACAGUCAGACAGGCAGUGCUACAGAGAGCUGUGGAUGGGAUGAAGAAGGAGGGAUUCCCUUUUGUGGGUGUGCUGUAUGCUGGGAUCAUGCUCACAAGUUCUGGACCCAAAGUCCUGGAGUUUAAUUGCCGGUUUGGUGACCCAGAAACUCAGUCUAUUUUGCCACUACUGGAGUCGGACCUGUAUGAGAUUUGCCUUGCCUGUGUGGAGGGAACUCUCCAUCAGCAUCUCCCUCAGUUCACGCGUGACCUGUACACAUCAGGGGUGGUCCUGGCCAGUGGGGGUUACCCCGGGGGGUACAAGAAAGGGUUACCCAUCAGUGGUAUAGAUGGGGUGGAGAAGAUGGGCCCUCGAGUUCUAGUGUUUCAUGCAGGGACUACUAAGCAGGAACAAAGCAUUGUCACUAGUGGGGGGCGUGUCCUUGCUGUCGUAGCAAUGAACUCUGACCUCCAGUCAGCAUGCACAGAUGCUCAGCGGUGGGCAGGUUUCAUUCAGUUUGACGGCGCCUAUCACAGAUCUGACAUAGGAUUCAGGGUCCUGGAGAGGAAGCCUCUAUCUAGAAUGACAUAUCUUUCUUACCGAGAUGCUGGUGUUGAUAUAGAAGCUGGGAACAGCUUGGUCAAGGCAAUCCAGCCAUUGGCUAAAGACACUCAGAGAUCAGGAUGUGACGCUAGUCUAGGUGGCUUCGGUGCUUUGUUUGACAUCAAGGCUGCUGGAUUUAGGGACCCUAUACUGGUGUCAGGAACAGAUGGAGUAGGGACCAAACUCAAGAUUGCCCAGGAUAUGGGAAAACAUUCCACAAUUGGUAUAGAUCUGGUGGCAAUGUGUGUGAAUGACAUUUUAUCGCACGGUGCAGAGCCGCUGUUCUUUCUGGACUACUUUGCCACAGGUCGCCUGAAUGUGGACGUAGCUAAAGAAGUCAUCAGAGGGAUCUCCACUGGGUGUAAACAGGCCAACUUUGCCCUAGUGGGUGGAGAAACUGCCGAGAUGCCUGGGAUGUACCAAGGAGAGGACUAUGAUUUGGCAGGAUUUGCAGUAGGAGCAGUUGAAAGAGGCCAACUACUUCCCAGAAUGCAACAGAUUCAAGAGGGAGAUAACCUGAUUGGGCUGCCCUCUAGUGGUCUACAUAGUAAUGGGUUCAGUUUGGUGCGUAAAGUAAUGGAAAGAAUUGGGCUUGGCUAUGACGCUCCUUCCCCCUUCAACAAUGGAAAGACUCUUGGAGAAGAGUUUCUGAUGCCAACAAGAAUUUAUGUGAAGGAGGUAUUGCCUUUGAUGCAUCAGGGUCAUGUGAAAGCUUUUUGUCACAUCACAGGGGGAGGUUUGAUGGAGAAUCUUCCACGUGUUUUGCCAGGAAACCUGAAGGCUCAGAUUGAUGCCGGGUUGUGGUCCGUACCUCCAGUGUUUGGCUGGCUGGCUCAUAAAGGAAACAUCCAGGCCUCUGAGAUGAGUCUCACAUUCAACUGUGGAAUUGGAGGUGUUCUGGUUGUAGACAAAUCCGUGACAGAAACCGUUCUCCAACAACUAGUGACCUCGGGACUAACAGCCUACGUCAUUGGGAGACUCUGUGAAAAACAAGGUGAAAGGAGGGUAGUGAUUGAGAAUCUACAGCUCGCCUUGACCAAUUCAUGGAAAGCCCCAAGUGUCUCCCGCAAAAGAAGAGUUGGAGUGCUCAUCUCAGGAUCAGGAACCAACCUUCAGGCUUUGAUUGACAGUACUAAUGGAGUAAACAACAACUGCUCCUCGGAGAUUGUCCUAGUGAUCUCAAACAAGGCUGGGGUACAGGGCAUCGAGCGCGCUCAGAAAGCAGGAAUUCAAACUCAAGUUAUAAACCACAAAGAGUUUGGGAGUAGGGAGGAGUUUGAUAUGGAGGUGGACAGAUGUCUGAGGAAAGCCGGGGUGGAGAUUGUCUGUCUGGCAGGCUUCAUGAGGAUUCUGUCUGGAGAGUUUGUAAGGAAGUGGAGAGGACACAUGUUAAACAUUCACCCCUCCCUGCUGCCUGCCUUUAAGGGGCACAACGCCCAUGAACAAGUCAUCGCAGCAAGAGUUCGAAUCUCUGGUUGCACUGUCCACUUUGUAGAGGAGGAAGUGGAUGCAGGCGCCAUAGUUGUACAGGAGUCGGUACCUGUGUAUCCCAGGGAUACCGUCGCCUCAUUGGCUGAGAGGGUGAAGACGGUAGAGCAUAAAGCCUUUCCGCUCGCGCUGGAGCUAGUGGCAAGUGGGCAAGCCACUCUGAAGGACGGGGUCAUAGAGUGGAGUCAGUGAGACACAGGCCAAAGACAACAAGAGAAAGAAACUGUUUCAUCACACAUAUACUCAGUGCUUCAUGUAUUUGUACUGCAUCGAAUCAAUCAUGAUAAUAACAGAUUUCUCUUUAAAUUGAUUUAAAGGAAUUCAGAAGAUGCUUACAAGUUUCUAGUAUUUUUAAAAUUAUUCAGACUGCUUUAAAUAUACAUGUACAUGUAUGCAUAAUUUCUCUCACUUGUUUAUUAAGGAGAUGUUGUUUUUGAACAAAAAAUUUUGUAUUCAUUGUUGUUAAACCACUUCUGAUUUGUUUUGUUACAAUUUUCAUUCAUCUAGUAUUAAUGUUUUGACUUCUUAUACAAUGUAUGAAUGCUUGUCAUUAUCUAUGAAUGUUUAGGAUUUUUCUAAACAAUGCACCUUAACCUUAGGCUUUGAAUAGGACAGUGACCUUAAAUCUGGAUUGUGAAAAUAACCAUAGAUCUGGGUUGUGACAAUGUCAUUAGGACUGGGUUGUGACAAUGACCUUAGAGCUGGGUUGUGACAAUGACCUUACAUCUGGGUUGUGAAAAUGUUCUUAGAUCUGGGUUGUGACAAUGACCUUACAUCUGGGUUGUGACAAUGACCUUGGAUCUGGGUUGUGACAAUGACCUUACAUCUGGGUUGUGACAAUGACCUUACAUCUGGGUUGUGACAAUGUCCUUAGAUCUGGGUUAUGACCAUGACCUUACCUUAGAUCUAUGUUGUGACAAUGACCUUAGAGUGAGUUGUAACCAUGAUUUAAGCCUAUAUCUAUUUGUAAUAUGUGUAUUAAAAAUAUAUUUAGACAUAAUACUCAGAAACUUUUAAGUUAAACUUUGAGUUGAUAUUUGUAUUACUAAAGAAACACCUUUGUUGAGUGAGUUUGGAACUGCCAUAAUUCUGCUGCGAGUAAUUGUGUUUAGUUAAAUGUAUUGUUGUUAAUUGUAACAUGGAUAUAAACAUAUUUACAACAACCAGUGCUUACAAUUCUUUAAAGUGCCAUAUUUUACCUUAAUUGAUAUGUACAAAAAGAUUUAUUUUUUUGUUUUGCUUACAAUGUUAAAAUGCUUGUUGAUUUAAAAACGUGAGUGGGAAAACCCUGCAAUUUGUCUUCAUGUAAAUGUUUCCAGUUAAAUGGUAGGCAGUUAUAAGUAACUUUGAUAUAAACCUAUUUACAAGAAUUAGUGCUUAUUAAACAUGAAGUGCCAUAUUUCAAUACAUUCAUUGAUGAACAAUGUGUACAAAGAGAUUUAUUUUUCCUAUCAGCGCAUCUUGUUAUACAUUUGUAUUACUUAUUGAUUAAAAAGAUGUGUAGUUAUA